UUCAGUGCGUUGUGACAUCCGGGAAAUAAGCGCCUGUCCGUUUCGAAGAUCAACAAAACAGAUUAUGUCUAGCUACGGAAAAAAAACAGCUCUAGCAGGAGGAGGUAGAAAAAAGGGAGGUGCCAAACCAGAUUUGACAGAAGAACAGAAACAGGAAAUACGAGAAGCUUUUGAUCUUUUUGACACAGAUGGCUCAGGAACGAUAGAUGCCAAAGAAUUAAAGGUAGCUAUGAGAGCAUUGGGAUUUGAGCCUAAGAAAGAAGAAAUAAAGAAAAUGAUUCAAGAGAUAGAUAAAGAUGGAUCAGGUACAAUUGAUUUCAAUGAUUUCCUCACCAUCAUGACACAGAAAAUGAGUGAAAAAGAUGUGAAAGAAGAAAUUCUGAAAGCUUUCAGGUUAUUUGAUGAUGAUGAGACAGGAAAAAUCUCAUUCAGAAACUUAAAAAGAGUUGCAAAAGAAUUAGGGGAAAAUCUCACAGAUGAAGAAUUACAGGAGAUGAUAGAUGAAGCCGACAGAGAUGGGGAUGGUGAAAUCAAUCAAGAAGAAUUCCUCAAAAUCAUGAAAAAGACAAGUUUAUAUUAGAGACAUUAGUGAAUUUUGUUAGAUCUGAUUUAUCUCCCUUUCAAAUCAUAUUUUGAAUAUUGUGAAGCAUUUACCACUAUUUCAAUGGGACCAAAGUGUAUCUGAUAUGAUUGUUGUUGUUUGAGUGAGUAAAAGGUGCUGAUGAAGCAAUUCUGAGUGAAAUUUCAAUUCAAAAUCCACAACUGUUAGUGUUAUAUAUAUCAUUUACAUUUGCUAGAACAGGUGUUUUCUCUGUAUUAAAAAAAAAUUUAAUUGAUCAUUUCCAAGUCAACUUUGCAGUUUUAUAUUGUCUUCUUUAUUUUUUUGGCAUUCUGAUUUUAAAAUACUGCCAUUUUAUAAUGAAAAAAUGAGAAACAUUUAUAUAACUGCACAAAUUAAAGUAUAAAUGGGUAAGAAUCUUCAAAUUUUGAUUGGUUUUUAAUCAUAAAUUGCCAGUCAUCUAAACAUAGCAGAAAACAUGAUUUAGCAACUGGCACUUUUGACUUUUCUGUCUUUUAAAAAAAGAAAUGAGAAUGAGCUGCUAGCAAGCAGAUGCAAUUGGACCUCACAUAUUUUCAGGUUCUGUUAAAUUUGAAUGUUGUCUCAAUUAGAUAUUUCCAAGUUAUUUAU